AUGCCAGUGUGUAAGAACUGUCACGGAACCGAAUUUGAGAGAGAUCUUUCCAAUGCUAACAACGAUUUAGUUUGUAAAGCUUGUGGUGUUGUCUCAGAAGAUAAUCCUAUCGUCUCUGAAGUUACAUUCGGUGAAACAAGUGCAGGUGCUGCUGUAGUACAAGGUUCUUUUAUCGGUGCAGGACAAAGUCAUGCUGCAUUUGGUGGUUCUAGUGCUCUAGAAUCUAGAGAAGCCACAUUGAACAAUGCAAGAAGGAAAUUACGCGCCGUUUCUUACGCAUUACAUAUCCCGGAAUAUAUCACAGAUGCUGCUUUCCAAUGGUAUAAGCUUGCAUUGGCUAAUAACUUUGUACAAGGUCGUAGGUCCCAAAAUGUUAUCGCUUCAUGUCUUUACGUUGCAUGUAGAAAGGAAAAGACGCAUCAUAUGCUGAUCGACUUCUCUUCAAGGUUACAGGUGAGUGUGUAUUCCAUAGGAGCCACAUUUUUGAAAAUGGUAAAGAAAUUACAUAUCACAGAAUUGCCGUUAGCGGAUCCUUCCUUAUUCAUUCAACAUUUUGCCGAAAAAUUGGAUCUUGCUGACAAGAAGAUCAAAGUGGUAAAAGAUGCCGUAAAAUUGGCUCAAAGAAUGUCCAAGGACUGGAUGUUUGAAGGACGUAGACCUGCAGGUAUUGCCGGCGCAUGUAUUCUACUAGCUUGCAGGAUGAAUAAUUUGAGAAGAACUCAUACAGAGAUCGUCGCAGUUUCACAUGUCGCCGAGGAAACUUUACAGCAACGGUUGAACGAAUUCAAAAAUACAAAGGCUGCUAAACUUUCAGUUCAAAAAUUUAGAGAAAAUGAUGUGGAAGACGGUGAGGCUAGGCCUCCCUCCUUUGUGAAGAACAGAAAGAAAGAAAGAAAAAUAAAGGACUCUUUAGACAAAGAAGAGAUGUUUCAAACAAGUGAAGAAGCAUUGAAUAAAAAUCCAAUUUUGACGCAAGUAUUAGGAGAACAAGAACUGUCUUCCAAGGAAGUCCUGUUUUACUUAAAACAAUUUUCAGAAAGAAGGGCCCGUGUUGUGGAGAGGAUUAAGGCUACUAAUGGUAUAGAUGGUGAAAAUAUAUACCAUGAAGGUUCUGAAAACGAAACAAGGAAACGCAAACUUUCUGAAGUUUCUAUCCAGAACGAGCAUGUUGAAGGGGAAGACAAAGAGACGGAAGGGACUGAGGAAAAAGUCAAGAAGGUAAAGACAAAAACAUCAGAAGAAAAGAAAGAGAACGAAUCUGGGCAUUUUCAAGAUGCCAUUGAUGGUUACUCUCUAGAAACAGACCCAUAUUGUCCUCGCAAUUUACACUUGUUACCCACAACGGACACAUACCUUUCGAAAGUUAGUGACGACCCAGAUAAUUUAGAAGAUGUUGAUGAUGAGGAGUUAAACGCGCACCUAUUAAACGAGGAAGCUUCUAAAUUGAAGGAAAGAAUUUGGAUUGGUCUGAACGCAGAUUUCUUACUUGAACAAGAGAGUAAACGUUUGAAACAGGAGGCAGAUAUUGCCACAGGUAACACAUCAGUGAAAAAAAAACGUACGAGACGUAGGAAUAAUACUAGAAGUGACGAACCUACAAAAACUGUGGAUGCAGCAGCAGCUAUCGGAUUGAUGUCAGACUUACAAGAUAAGUCUGGUUUACACGCUGCAUUGAAGGCAGCUGAGGAAAGUGGUGAUUUCACAACUGCUGAUAGUGUCAAGAACAUGUUGCAGAAGGCAAGUUUCUCCAAGAAGAUUAAUUACGACGCCAUUGACGGUUUGUUUAGGUAA